AUGCAAACUAAUGUCCAUUUACCUACAGAUAUGGCAGGAACUCGUGGUAGACCAGCAUUAGCACACCGAAAUAUUUGUCUUGAGAACAUUUACCUCAAGGCAGACGGCAUCACAGCCUGUGUUGGAGGACUGGAAUACGGCCUCUGUGCUCUGCCCUCUCCACCUCCCUUGCCCAUGGAACAACUACUGCUGGCCUACGAGACCUAUCUCGUCGAAUCUGGUCCUUCAACAGACCACCAAGAUUCAAGUGCUUUGUCUUCUACCUCAGAGUCAUUUGGACUGUCCACUGAUGGAGACAAUCGAAUCCAAAUUUCCACUACUCCUCUAUAUCCAAACUGGUGGCCUGUUUGUGGCCUUCAAGUGGGUCUACCAGUCUAUAUGGCUCCAGAAGUGAGUUGA